AAAGUUUAACUGCAGCAAUGAACUAUUAUUGAGAGGAAAUGUUGCUUUGGCAUGCCACCAAGUUUGUUUAACAUUGCUGGUUGUCGGUUUAUCAGCACAGCAUAUUGACUAGUCAUGGCACUAACUAUGCUAUUCAGUCAUUUGUAUUUCAAAUACAUUUUUGUUUUGUAGAAAACGAAAUCAGCAGACAGUUCUUCUUGAAAUGGGAUACCAAAGCAGAAACGUCAAUUCUACGUUUAUUUUAGGAAAUACAGAUGAUUCAUUCAGGCAUUUGAAACUGCGGAGAAUCUUUGUUAAUGUCCACUACAGUUGCAGUGUCGGUUGGAGUGGUGCUGGUCUCAACAGCAGGUCUGCUGGGUUAUUAUUACUUCAACAGGAAAAGGAAACCACAGAUUACCCUGAUUAAUCCCUCUGAAAAAUACAAAUUGAGACUAGUAGACAAAGAGAUCAUAAGCCACGAUACCCGCAGGUUUCGGUUCGCCCUGCCCAGUCCAGAGCAUGUUUUGGGAUUACCAGUAGGCAAGCAUGUUUAUCUCUCUGCCAGGAUUGAUGAGAAUUUGGCUGUGCGUCCCUAUACACCAGUGUCCAGCGACGAUGACAAAGGAUUCGUUGACCUCGUUGUUAAGAUUUAUUUUAAGAAUGUGCACCCAAAGUUCCCAGAAGGGGGAAAGAUGUCCCAGUACUUGGAGAGUUUGAGGAUUGGAGAUGUGAUUGACUUCAGAGGACCAGGAGGUUUGCUGGAGUACAAGGGGCAAGGUCAGUUUGCUAUACAGGCCGAUAAGAAGACCCCUGCUGAGACUAAGACUGUAAGAACAUUGGGUCUUAUAGCUGGAGGAACUGGCAUUACGCCAAUGUUGCAGCUGAUUCGUGACAUCAUCAAAAACCCAAGUGAUACAACGACAUGCAGCCUGCUGUUUGCCAACCAGACUGAGAAGGACAUUCUGCUGAAGGAUGAUCUGGAGGAGAUUCAGGCAAGGCAUCCGGAUCGCUUCAAACUCUGGUUCACAGUGGACCAAGCUCCUGCAGACUGGGAGUACAGUCAGGGCUUCAUCAAUGCUGAGAUGAUUCAGGAGCACCUGCCUCCACCCAGUGAUGACUCUAUGAUCCUCAUGUGUGGUCCACCUCCCAUGAUCCAGUUUGCAUGUAAUCCCAACCUGGACAAACUGGGCUACAGGCAGAGCCAACGUUUCGUCUAUUAGACCAUUCGCAAUGCUCAGGGCCCAGACACAAAUUACUCCAAAGAUACUAAAUUGCACUCAAUUGUGUUUAAGCUAAUAUUGCAUUACAAAUCUCAUCAUAUAUAUAUAUAUAGGGAAUAUACUUUUUAUGGAGAGUAUAUAA